AUGACUACUCUACGAGGAUUCAUCAUGGCAUUUCUGAUUAUUUUGGUCAUUUCCAUGCUCGUCUACCGUCUAUACAUUCAAAAAAGUUCUAAAUUCAAAACGCACACUGUCCCUUCCCCUUCUGGCCUGCCUCUGAUCGGAAACACUUUCCAACUUUCCUCCCAACCGCAUCGCCAAUUACUUAAAUGGGCUCGACAAUAUGGCGAGAUAUAUCGUGUCCGUCUGGGCUUGAUGGACUGGUAUAUGCUCAACUCCCCUGAGGCAGUAAAGGAAAUACUUGACAAGCAGUCCGCCACGACUUCGUCGCGGCCACGGAUGCCUGUUGUAUUCGAUGCCUUGUCUGGAGGGAUGCGAUUUCUUUUUAUGCCGUACGGCACCGAAUGGCGGCGGCUACGGACAGUCAGCCAUAAGCUGUUGACUCCGCGAAUGUCGGACACAUUUCAGCCUUCACAGGAAUUUGAAUCAAAGCAAUUGCUGCACGAUUUAUUGACAGACAACGCCAAAAGCACUGAGUUCUAUAUGCAUAUACGCCGAUAUACUGUGUCGGUGCUGAUGACAUCGACGUAUGGAAGGAGAAUACCGCAAUGGGAAUGCGAUGAUGUACGUGGAAUUUACCAAAUUGUGAAAGACUUUUCCUACGUAUCUACCCCGGGACGCUACAUCGCUGACGGCGUACCUGGGUUGGCCGAGCUUCUUCCAGUCCGAUUCCAAUGGUGGCGCAAAUCUCUUCAACCGAUGCUAGCUCGACAAGAGUCAAUUUGGAUGGGCUUUUGGUCCCGUCUACGAAAUCAGAUGGAAAAGGAAGAAGCACCCGAGUGUUUUGUGAAGCAAUUCAUCGAGUCUGAGUAUCACGAUAUGGGGAUUACAGAAAUUCAAGCGGCAUUCCUAGCAGGGUCAUUGAUAGAAGCCGGCGCGGAAUCCACCUCUGCGGCAGUUAACAGUUGCAUGCUCUAUCUCUCGGGCUAUCCGGACGUUCAGCGGCGUGCGCAUGAAGAACUUGAUAAUGUAGUAGGCAAUACCCGUUCACCUACUUUCAGUGACAUGGUCCAGCUUCCCUACAUCCGUGCUAUUGUCAAGGAGACACUUCGGAUCCGCCCUCUCACCAGCACAGGUAUACCACAUUACGCCACCGCUGAUGUCAAUUAUAAGGGAUAUACAAUCCCCAAAAAUAGCAUCAUCGCCAUCCAGCAAUAUCCUAUUCAUUAUGAUCCAAGCAUAUUCCCAGAGGCGGAAAUCUUCAAACCGGAAAGAUACCUUGGCCAUCCACACAGAGCUGGCGUAUAUGCCGCAUCGGCAAAUCCUCGUGAACGUGAUCAUUGGGAUUUUGGGGCGGGCCGACGCAUCUGUCCCGGUAUGCACCUGGCGGAGAAUAGUCUUUUUAUCACAAUCUCUAAGAUAUUAUGGGCAUUUCAAGUGGUGGCGCCCGGAAAGGUGGAUUUAUCGCAUAACGCGUAUGAGCCUGGCUCGAUGACCAUCCCCAAGCCCUUCUCUGUGAGAUUCAUUCCACGGAAUCAGGAGAUAGAAAGGCUGGUGAAGAUGGAAUGGAAAGUGGCGGAGGCCGAAGGAUAUACAUUGAGAGAUGUCAAGGUCAAUGCGACGGGUAUGACGAUAUAA